AUGGUGAGUCCGAGCGCAAUGCAAAUUGAUCCUUCUAAUCUACUGUAUCUACGUCCCUCUGAUACUCCAGGGACUUUAUUGGUUUCGCAUAAACUCACUGGAGUUGAAGAUUAUAAUAUCUGGAGUAGGUCAAUGCGUAUAGCCUUGCUUGCUAAGAAAAACCAAGAGCUUUCUGCUGGGAUAGUUUUUGCAUCCAGUACAGCCCUUGUGUGGUCUGAUUUGAAUGAGCAUUUUGAUAAGGAUGAAUAUGAUGCUAUUGCUUCCCUUGCUAUUUGCAACUGUGAAUCUAUGAAAAAGAAUAUUGAAAAUUUGAAGCAACUGAGGUUAUUCCAGUUUCUUAUGGGAUUAAAUGAGUCUUAUUCGACAGUUGUAGCUAGAUUUUGCUUAUGA